AUUCAGUGAGAUGACAGCGUCAGAUUUCUGGAAUACAGUAAAAGAGAGUGAUUUAACUGUUGUCGAGCGCGUUAUCCAUUUGGCUUCCUCCCGACUCGGUGGUUAUACACCGUCACCCAAAAACAAGCAUGGGUCAAAAAGACGCUCACAUUCUGACACCGGACCUGCCGAGUUGCUAUGCGUAUUGCGGGCCUUUGCGGCCACUCUCCCAGCAAGUGCUGAACCGCGGGCUAUGGCUGAAAGAGAAAAGUUUCGACAGCUAUUGCUUCAUAUGGAUAGGGAAUGGCCUGGCAUGUCUUGGAAAAAGAAGCUGCAAAGUUUGAAGCAGAAAGUGCAUCAAAAUAACCCAACAUCGAUACGACAAUCUCAACGGCGUGAACCUCAAGAGGACAGUUUCCAGCCACCAGGUCCAGGAAACUCAUCGCAUAGCGCACCGGGGACUUCAACACUGGACAUGUCAUCAAUCACCUACUGCCCACAUCAUUCACAAACGUUUCUACAUCAGUUUCAUAGCAGUUCUUUGCACAAUACCGCAUCAACCGUACUCCCUACACAUAACGGCGAAAGCACUGAUGCAACACUUUGUCCCGUGAGCGCUAGCAUUAAUAUGAGCUCCAUACUCCCAGACUCGGGCGUGCGGGAGACGAUUUUGGAUCAUUCGUUGCAAAGCAUCGCGGCGAAUGUACCCAUAGAAACAGCUGAAGAUGAAAAAGCUAUCAAGGCCACACGAAUCAUGAUGGUACGCGCGUUUUACGCUUGGCAUGGGUACGCUAAAGCCGUGAAAUCACGCAAAACACGACUAGUCACACAAUGGAUGGUGGCCCUCCGGUCAUGGCAAACCCAUACAUGCAAGCGAUAUUUUCGCAGGUGGCUUCAAGUGACUAGACAAUGUCAGCACGCUCGAAAUGUCAGAUUGGCCCAAACUGCGCUACAUAACCUUCAAAUGAACGUUACUCGUGUGCAAUCGUCGAUUCAAGAAUUCCAAACACGCACCUUGAUUCGUCGGACGUUUUUGAGAUGGUUUCACCAUGCAGAGCAUUCGUAUGCAAAGCGGCGGAGGAUUGCAGUUGCAGAGUCGGUGGUCACAAGAAGAAGGUGUCGUAGUUUGCAGACAGAGGCUUUCCGGGCAUGGCUUGGGGCCUAUAGGUAUAGGGUCAUCCUGGCCUCACACGCACGGUGGCUUGAAAGCAGAUAUGUAAAUACAUUACUGCAAACAGCGUGGACGAGCUGGCGACGUGCACUCGAGGAUGCACACAGGCUACAACGCUUUGAUGCCAGGCAUAAGCUGCGUAAACUUUCAGACUGUUUUUCAAAAUGGAGAGUUGGAUGCACGACGGCACGAUACAGUAAACUGGCAUUCAAAGCCGUCCAACAUCGACAUGAUUCUGGGAUCAUGUCACGUUUCUUUGAUCACUGGCUGCAACGGACAAGAGAUCGAGCGGCGUAUCGUCAACUUAUUGAAACGUCUCUUUGGUGGCACCGACAAUCGUCCAUGAAGAGGGUUCUUAGCUGGUGGAAGCGGUAUUGGUCCUUGCGCGAGAUGGCGCGAGUUGUGUCGGGGCGGCGUAGGCUGGCGACGGUACGAUGGGUAUGGAAUUCUUGGACACGACAUCGGAGAGAUCAGUUGGAGGUGAAGGAGAAUGCCUUUUCAGUGGCAGUAAAACGUCCAUUUCGUAGAUGGAGAACGUUGACGCGGCGAAUGAAGGUCCUCAAAAAGACUUGUAGAUUGUAUAUCGAGUUACGAGAUAAGCGGAAACGGGGUCGCGUUUUCACUUUAUGGAAAGACAUGGCGGAUAGGAACAAGGUUGUCCGACAGGCAACAAUAAUGUUUUCUGAACGGAAACGGCAUCAUCUUUUGCAAGACACAUGGCGGAAAUGGCGACGAGCAAAUGAGGUUCAACAGAAGAGGAAGCUGACAAAGAGUGUCCGACACGCAGGCCAUCGGGACCAAAAUAUUUGCAUUAGAAACACGGCUGAAAUGCUACGUGCAAGAAAAAUACUUUUGUUCAUGGCACUUGCAUUGGGUGCUUCGUAA